UUUACACAGGAAAAGCAGGAAGUGUAACAGUUUCCCCCUUCGGACAAACAGUGUGAGGCAGGCAGGCAGGCUGGCCUUGGAGGGGAUCCUGUGGAAUACAGGGAGGGAGGAAAAAAAGAGAGGGAGUGAAGAAGGAAUCAUCAGGAGGAGUGGAGUAGAAGCUGGAGACUGGAGUGAACUGGAGGACCAGAUUGAAUGUGCAUCACAGCUCUGUUGUCCUCGGUCAGUCCGGACGGAGUGAUGGCUGAUAACAGCACUCAUCCCAUCCUGGAGAUACUCCAGUCCUUCAACACGAAAGAUGUAAUUCUUGCUUUCUGUAUAUCCAUGGUGGUGGGACUCCUGCUGGGCGCUAUGGUAUACGUGGUCCUCACUUGGAUGGCAUGUCGUCGUGCAUCUGCCACCAUCACCAACAAGCCUUCGUCACGCUCCUCUGGCCGUCCGUCUUCCCCCCGAAACAGGCCCGUCUUUGGCCGCCAGGGCAGUGCCUACGACCGGCGCAGCAACAACAAUCUGGCCGGUGCCGCCUUCUCCUUCCAUCGGCAAGGGACGACUUCACCGGUCCAUCAGGCCGACCUCAUGGGUCGCAAGGAUAGCUUCAGGGCCUCGACCUUCCACCCACUGAUCCAGUGCAGUCAAAUCGCCCGCGAAGCCGAGGAAGGAAACCACGGCACCCUGAAUAACAGCCCCGGAGCCCCCGGCACUAACAGCACAGCCGUCUCCAUGGUCACUCCACCGAGGCAAAGACCAAGACCGGACUCCUUCUGGGGAAACAGCAGUCAAAAAGGCGUCGGUGUCACACAGACACCUCCACCGGCAUACGACAGCAUCAUACGGGCUUAUCAGGAGACCUGCACUUGAGAAAUUAUGAUAAAACACCCCCUUGUGGUGGAGAAAGUUCCAACAUCUGGAUUUGACUCUUUUAUUGUAAAGGGAGCAACUUUACAAUACAAAACAGUGUGAAAACAAAAUUAAAUUUUUUUGUUACUAUCAUUUAGGAUAGAGGUCCAGACAGAACAAUUGUAUGAUGUAUGACGUAUGAUUAUAUGAUUACUGGCACUUAAACUGGACAUGGUCACUAUUUACAAAAGGUCUCUCGCUCACACACACAAACUAAAGUGUGUUAUGACUGAACACUGUUGAGUUACUUUUAUAAAAGUGUGUCCCUUCACAGUAUAUUUUAUUCAACAUAAACAAUAAUAAAAAAAGGAUUAAGACCUGA